AAAAAAUGGAAAGAAAUCUAAAAAAAAACUUGGCCAGAAAAAGAAAUACUCAUUUUACCGGCACUAACCGAAAGUGAAAAGUGUGUCCUCCCCCUGGAGUUUGAUGUUUGAUUUUCGAGGCUUCCAGACUUCCGGGUUCCAUCCCAAUGGCUGAGAAUGGAGGGCAAUGCUCCAGUCUCCCAAUGCUACGAAUAGCUCUGUGAAAUAGUUCGUUGCGUAGAAAACCGCACAGGCCCUAAUCUCUGACCAGUCCGUCCCCUCCGCCCCUGCUACGCCCUCGCCCUCGCCUUCGUCUCCGUCCCGCCCCCUUCCUAUCCAGCUACCAGCUUGGAUAUAAAUCAGAAAUCGUGUGAAAUGAAAUGAAACGAAUAUAAAAUAAAAUCAGACUCAGUGCUGCAGAGAAAAACGCUCGCCCAGCAAAGAGAGGCGAGCCAAGUUCACGGAAAUAGCCACAGAAAAAUAAACCUGAAAUCGAAACGAAUGAAAUCAAAACAUCAAAGUAGAGUGGCGCGACCAACACGAAAGAAAUCACAUAAAUUGCACCUGCAACGGCUGCAGCAACAUUGCAACACUGCAACAUAAAUAUUAGUGCUGCAAAAAUUUCCACAAGAUGAAGCUCACAUAUAGCAACCUGGGGGGCAGCGGAAACGGAAAUGGCAGCAAGUUGUCCCUGGGGAAAUCCAUCAAAAUGUACCUGACAAUAUUCAUAGCAACCACCUGCAUCUACAUGGUGCUGUACCAGUACCACAUAUCCCAGGAACCCUUUGCCGGCAGCGAAGUUGUCAAGCAUCAAGAGAAAUCAUCGUCAUAUAUCGCUUCAUAUUUGUGGUCACCCAUUUCCCUGUUAAUGGCUAACAAUUCCAUUUCGACCAACUCAAAUCCCUUACCAACAACAACCACAACUACAACAACAAAAACAAUCACAUCAACAACAGCUCCAACAACCACAACAGCAACAAUAUUCCAAAAAUUGGGAUUAUCUUCCGCUUCCAUUGAAACGGUUUCAUUAAUUGCCACCAGACCGACUUUGAUAUCCUCGCGAUUGGAUUUGAGAUCGGGAUUUAGAUCGGGAUUGGGAUCGGUGGGUGGUAGCCAUCAUAAGACUGUAACCAUUAAGACAAGCACCACACCAACAACAACAGCAACAACAUCGACAAGCCCAGCCAGUGGGCUUCUGACAACAAAAUUAGCCACAACCCCAGCCAAACCGAAAGCCAAACAAUCCGCGGCUGCCAAGUCCACUACCGCCCACUCGGACAACGCCCAUAAGACUCGACCAACAUUUGUUGCCGUCUCUCAGCCCCCGCCCCUGUAUAUAAUCACGCCCACCUACCGACGACCCGAGCAGAUGGCAGAGCUCACCCGGCUGGGCUACACGCUGAAGCACGUGGCGAAUCUCCUCUGGCUGGUCAUCGAGGACGCCAACAAAACGAACCCCCUGGUGGCGCACACCCUUGACCGGAUUGGAGUGCCCUACGAGUACAUGGUGGCUCCCAUGCCGGAAAAGUACAAGCAGACGAAACGGGCGAAGCCGCGAGGUGUCUCCAAUCGGAAUAAGGGCCUCCAGUAUCUCCGGCAGCAUGCCACCGAGGGUGUGCUCUACUUCGCCGACGACGACAACACCUACGACAUUAGCAUAUUCGAACAGAUGCGCUAUAUCAACAAGGUGGCCAUGUGGCCAGUGGGCUUGGUUACCAAAACUGGCGUUAGUAGCCCCAUAAUUCAGGCCGGGAAGCUAGUUGGCUUUUACGAUGGCUGGAUCGGAGGACGCAAAUAUCCUGUGGACAUGGCAGGAUUCGCGGUUAGCGUUAAGUUCUUGAAGGAACGACCCAAGGCAGAGAUGCCCUUCAAGCCAGGUUACGAGGAGGACGGAUUUUUGCGGAGCCUGGCGCCGCUGGCCAACUCCGACAUUGAGCUGCUGGCCGAUGAGUGUCGAGAUAUCCUCACGUGGCAUACGCAGACAAAGAAAAAUGCACCAGCGCAGGCGCUUAAUAGAACGCGAUACCAGAAUACGAACCUUGAGUUUAUAGACAAGCUGCUGGUGCGCCCGUAGGAGUAUUUACUGUAGUUAGCUAGGCUAGGUUAGGCUUAGCUAGGAGCUUACUUGGUGGGGAGGGCCAGGGCGUCUGUCGGUGCCUCUGGCGGGUUGUACAGGUAUAACCUGGAGCGCAUUCUUGAUCAGAUCAGCCGGCGGUGUAUAUUUGAUGGUAAAAUCUAAAGAAUAAUUGUUAGGCUCUAAGCGCACAAACCUCUAUGAUAAUUGAUACUU